AUGUCCGUGCGCGUCCGACUGUGCGCCCGCUCCAGCUGGCCCUACUUUCACGUGCACUUACAGCGCGGCAUGACCUCGCUGCGCGGCAACGCUGAGCUGCGCCGACUGCCGGCGCACGUGCGCAACACGCUGGGCCAGAUGCUGGCGAUUCGCGGUGCCUGGAAGACGCUGAUGGGUCGCGUGCGCCGGCCCGGCUCGAACGUGGCCCUCUUCACCAACGAGCAUGUUCAGCUGGUGAGCGAAGAGAGCGCGCGCAGCGGCCGCAGUGAGACGGACGUGUUGCUGGACGAGUGGGGCACCUGGGGCCGACGACACGAGCGUCCCACCGUCGACGACCUGGUGAUGCUGCUGACCGAGCUGAGUCUGUACCGCGCCGCCGACUACAUCAACGUCAACGUGCUGGAGGGUGAGAGGCGGACGGCGUCGGGCCAGGAGCUGGAGCGGAGCCCGGAGGAACCGGAGCUGGAGCCGGAGCCGGAGCUGGGCCCGGAGCCGGGACCGGAGCCGCCGGCGGACAUACGACACUUCAGCUUCGCCUACCUGGAGAAGAUCACGAACGAGUUCGACGACCGUGCUGUAGCGGCGGGCGGCUGCCGGCUGGGCGCCGGCGCCUACGGCACCGUCUACCUGGGCACCUGCGAGACGGCCGAGCGGCUGGCCGUCAAGCGACUCGUGGCGGACGUCGAGGCCGUGCGCCGCCAGUUCCGCACAGAGGUCGAGGUCAUGUCCAGUUUCAGGCACGUUAAUCUGCUGGAGCUGUUGGGGUUCUCCUGUGAUGGCGCGUACAACUGUUUGGUGUACAGCUACAUGGUCAACGGGUCGCUGCAGGAUCGCUUGGCAUGCAAGGAGGACUCGCCGCCUCUGGCAUGGGAGCGUCGGCUGGCGAUCGCGGUGGGCACGGCGCGCGGCGUGGUCCACCUGCACACGAGCCGGGAGCGGCCGCUCAUCCACCGCGACAUCAAGUCCGCCAACAUCCUGCUGGACACCGACUUCACACCCAAGGUGGGUGACUUCGGUCUGGCGCGCGAGGUGAGCGGCAGCAGGACGACCAACACCCUGCUGACCACCACGGUGCUCGGCACCUCGGCCUACAUGCCGCCCGAAGCCUUCCGCGGCGACGUCUCCGUCAGGCUGGACAGCUUCAGCUUUGGCAUCGAGCACAAGGCGGACACGCUGUUCAUGCUGACGCGUAUCACCGGCGGGGUGGACGUGUUCGGGGUGGUCAGUUUACAGCCAGAGGACGCGGCGGAGGUGCCGGCACGUGCCACUCAGCAGGUGGCGUGUCUGGUGAGGCGCCUCACCGGUGAGGCUGCACACGCGUGGGCUUUGGGGACGACCUAA